AAUCUGAAAAUGAUAUCUGAUAUCUGUCUGUAUCCAAACGAGUUGUUAAAUAUAUUUUGAUGUAGAGUUUCAUCCGGAAUACAACUUAUUGUUUGAUUAAAUGUAAAUUUUUCCGAAAAGUUGAAAUUCUAGUUCAUGGGAACGCGUGUCUAUUAAAAGUAAAAUAUUUUUAACGUUAAAAUUGUAUAACAAUUUUCAGUUUAGUGACAGAUGUUAGUUGAAUCAAAAUGAUGAGCUAUUUGAAUAUAUUGAAGCAAUCUACAGUUGUACAUUUGUGUUUUGCUAUAUCAUACUUUACAUCAGGCUUGAUACUCAAUUUUAUUCAGGCCAUAUUUUACUUUGGUUUAAGGCCAUUUAAUAAAGCAUUGUAUAGAAAAAUUAAUUAUUAUCUUUCAUACUCAUUUUACAGUCAAUUAGUUUUCAUGUCUGAAUGGUGGUCAGGAACUACAGUAUCAUUGUAUGUAAAGAAAGAUGAAUACAACAAAUAUUAUGGGAAAGAACAUGGAUAUUUAAUUAUGAACCACAGCUAUGAGAUAGACUGGCUGAUGGGAUGGCAGUUCUGUGAUGGAUUGGGAGUUUUAGGAAACUGUAAGGCCUAUGCAAAAAAAGCAAUACAAUACAUGCCUCCUAUUGGUUGGAUGUGGAAGUUUUCAGAGUUCGUCUUCUUGGAGAGAUCGUUUGAAAAGGAUAAGGAAAUUAUAAAGAACCAAAUAUCAGAACUUUGUGACUACCCGGAUCCAGUAUGGCUAUUAAUGACUCCGGAAGGGACGCGUUAUACGCCAACGAAGCACGAGGCCUCACUGAAGUUUGCUAAGGAAAAGAAUUUACCACUUCUUAAGCACCAUUUAACCCCACGCACAAGAGGAUUUACUACCAGCUUGCAAUAUUUUAGAGGCAAAAUACCCGCUAUUUAUAAUAUACAGCUGGCAUUUGAACGGGACUGUAAACCUCCUCCAACGCUACUAAGCUUGUUAUACGGCAAGCCGGUGCGUGCACACCUCUACAUACAACGUAUACCAGUUGAAGAUGUUCCCGAAGACGAAGCUGACGCAUCAAAGUGGCUACACGAUCUGUUCGUCGUUAAGGAUAAAAUGCAAGAUUCGUUCCUAAACACGGGCGACUUUUUCACGGAAUCCGGUGUUGAAAGAAUAGAGAGUUUCCAAUUGCCGCCUCGCGUGUAUUCGCUCAUCAAUACAUUGGGAUGGGCGAUCGUCACUCUCACCCCGAUGCUUUACUAUUUGAUUGGCUUACUGUUCAGUGGGAAACUGCUUUAUUUGACCAUCGGAGGCGCAAUACUUGCUGCUUUCUAUAUCCUGCUUCAAAAAUCUAUCGGCAUCACACAAAUUAGCCAGGGCUCGUCCUAUGGAACUGAAAAGAAGUAAAUUACACAUUUUUUUUUAAUUUUCCAAUUAUACCAUUACAUACACUUUAUAAAGAAAUAAAUCAAUGAUUUAUGAU